AUGUCGACCCCCGAGAAGAAACCCCCAAUAACCUGCCACGUCCUCGACACAACCCUCGGGCGCCCCGGCCCCAACAUCCCCGUAACCCUCACCCUGCACCCCACAACCACCACGAGCACCGCCUCGACCCCCAAAUUCAGCGGCCUCACAAACGCCGACGGCCGCGUAACCACCUGGACACCCAGCACGCCCUUCUCCUCCGCGAGUCUGGAAGAAGUGUUUGCGCAAGAGGGGGACCAAAAGUACAGUUUGACAUUUGAUACUGAGCGCUUCUUUGGGGAGAGGGGGGUUAAGACUUUCUUCCCGGAGGUGGAGGUGAAGUUUCUUGUGAGGCAGGAGGCCAAGGGCGAGCAUUAUCAUGUGCCGGUGUUGUUGGGGCCGUUUGGGUAUACGACGUAUCGGGGGAGUUGA